AUGGACGGAAAAAGCAUCUGGCUGUCGAGUAAAAGGACCAGCCAGGGCUUGGCUGUAGAGGAGAGCAAGGUGGCGGAUUCACUUCAGGGGCUUGACAUAAAUGACUACCAAGAGGAAGAAGAUGACGACGACGAUGAUUAUGAUGCGUCGGAUUCAGCGUCCAUAAAAUCUACCAAAUCAUUCGAAGCGCAGAAUAUCCAUGUUACCAUCGAACAUGGCCGCAGAUACUGCGACGACAUCUACUUCAUGCCCAACGAUGAGACCGAAAGUACCCGUUUGAACAUCAUCCACCAGAUCUACCUCAUCCUCCUCGACGGCAAGCUUACCACCGCGCCCCUGGCCAAAGACGCGCCACGAAUCCUCGACAUCGGCACCGGCCCUGGCGACUGGGCUCUCGAAAUGAGCAGCCUGUACCCGAAAGCUACAAUAAUUGCAACAGAUAUCAGUAUCUUCGAUACCGGACUUGCACAUAUCGACCUCCCCAACGUAUCCUUCCAGCUUGAUGACGCCCGCGAGGGGUGGACUUACCACGAGCCCUUUGACCUGAUCCAUAUGCGUGGCCUUUCGGGCGCGUUCAAUGACUGGCCUGCCAUGUAUCGACAGGCAUUCGAACAUCUCAACCCGGGCGGGUACAUUGAGAUCGCGGAUUCGGACCCAGCAGGCGACUCCGUGACGUUCCCGAAUUCAGAGAGCUCGUACUUUCACAUCUACACGGGUGCCAUGCGCUCUGCUGCCGAGGCAUUGAGAUACCCACGCGAUCUUAGCCAUCUGAAACCCAACAUGCUCUCCGCUGCCGGCUUCGUGGACGCUCGUGUCUUUGAACGCAUCGUCCCCAUCGGGUUAUGGCCGCAGGACCUGCACGAGAAGACCCUGGGGAAGAUGACAUUAAUCGCUGUGCUUGAGGGACUAGAGGCGUAUGGUCUGCGGCCGCUUACGGCUACUGGAUGGACGGCAGAUGCAGUCAUGGAUCUUUGCGAAAAAGCAAAAGUGGAGAUCAUGAGCGCGGAUCGGAUGACUGCGCGCGUGAAGUUUAUGACCGGGAGGAAACCGAUUUCGAGGAUUCAGAUGAAGGAAAUGAGGCAGAGGGAGGUGCUUGCUAAGGCCUUGCGGAAGGUUGAGGAGUGA